GAGAGAGAGAGAGACCCCCUCUUUCUUUCUGCUCUCUCCAGGAGAAGAUCUGGACCUUUCCUUUCUGUCCUGAGAAACUUCUGGAAGUCCUCAAAGCAUUAAGAGCAGGAGACAGGACAAUAAGAGAGGAUUUUAAUCUGUGAAGACAUCCCAGAAUCCAACAGGCCAACAUGGCUCUGCUCUGCUACAACAAAGGCUGCGGACUGAAGUAUGACGGCGCCAAGAACAAAGAGGAUUCCUGCGUCUUCCAUCCAGGUGUUCCCAUCUUCCACGACGCUCUGAAGGGAUGGUCGUGCUGUAAGAAAAGGACGACAGACUUCUCUGAGUUCCUCGCCAUUAAGGGUUGCACCCGCGGUCGCCAUAGCAACGUGAAGCCCCAGGAGCCUCUGCUGCCGGAGGUUUCCUCAGAGAAAGGAGAGAUGAAGCACAGCAGCUGCCAGGAGAUCAUCUACCAGGGACCCAAGUCUAAAGAGAAGCUGGAGAAGGAGCGGCCCAGUUCAGACGAGGCCAGGUUGAAGCUGCCCCACCAAGUGUCUGCAUCCCUGGCUCAGGCUCUGGAGAAACUGGACCUCAGCACCAAGGCCGAGUACCAGAAGAAAGAGAGUCAGACGGUGAUGCCCGGGACGCGCUGCAAGAACGCAGGGUGUAAAACAGCCUUUCAGGGCCCAGAGACCAACAAAGAGGUCUGCACCCACCAUCCUGGAGUCCCUGUCUUCCACGAGGGGUAUAAGUACUGGAACUGCUGCUGCAUAAGGACAAUAGAUUUCAAUGCUUUCCUGGACCAGAAGGGCUGCUCCACAGGGGUCCACUGCUGGGUCCCCAAGCAGGACAAGAAGAAGGUGGCGUGUCGGUACGACUGGCACCAGACCGGAGAUAAUGUCAUCGUUACGAUUUACGCAAAAAACGCAAACCCAAAGUUCAGCAGCAUAGAAGCAAACCGGACUGUGCUCUCAUGUCAAAUCCAGUUUGAGAACAAUAAGAUCUUCAAGAAAGACUUUCGCUUCUGGGGCGUGGUGAAUGUGAAGCAGAGUUCAGUCAACAUGGUCCCCUCCAAAGUGGAGGUGAUCCUCCGUAAGGCCGACAAAGUGGCCUGGGGAAAACUAGAAGACCCAAACUACAAACCAGACCCAGAGCCCAUUGACGACUCCUUCAUCGAAACCACGGAGAACCAGGAGCAAAACUACGAUAUCGAAGACGACGACAUCAGCGACUCGGACGAAGAGUGGGCCUACGACACGAAACAGAACCAAACACAGAAGGAGAAGGUCAAGGAGGAGCUGAAGAAGAACGAGGAUGAAGAGAUCCAAAACUUAAAGAGGAAGGAGGUGGAGGAGGAGAUGAAGAAGGUGAGCGAGGAGAGGAAGAGGGCGGAGGAGGAGAAGAAGAAGCUGGAGGAGCAGAGGAGGCAGGAGGAGGGGGAAGGAUACGAAGACAUGCCAGAACUGGAGUAACUCUGCUGAAAAACAAAGAAAUAAUGAACAUGAGAUGUGUUGUGCAUUAGCGGAUAAUUGAAACACAUUUUUGUAAUAAAGCAAAUUAAUUGUUCACUUUCUGAUAUCAUGAGACUUUUGGGGGAUACAGAUCCAAGUGAAAUGUACCACACCUGCUGUCUCGUAAAAAAAAUAAGGCCCCUUAUAAUCUUUCACCUUCAUUAAAUUAAUUCAGGGGUGAUGGUCUUCCACAAAUAAUUGAAUUACGUCUUUGGUUGACAAACACACUGGGUCCUUUUUCAUUUUAUACAGUAUACGACAUAUACAAAUAAUAAAUUGAAGGUUCUAACCUGGAAACAACUUCUAAAGUAAAGACUAGAACUUUAGGAUGAUUUUUGUUCAACUAUGCCGUUUUUUUGGGGAUAUUUUUGACAUACUAUACUUUGUAGUUAUUUUGCAUAUUUUC